AUGUCGGCUAACUACAAUUGGCAGGCUGUCCACCCGCUCUACGGGGUACCCAUUUCCGUCGUGCAAGCCACCGAGCAGCCAGUAAUUCGCUGCGACGUUCGUCAAAGGCAUACCCUCCCUUCCAGAUCCUGGGCGGUUCGUAUUUCUACAUGGAUCAACACUGACUAUUUCUUAUGGUCUUUGUGCGCUGGUCUCGCCGACUAUCGCUCUGACGAGGAGUGGACGAAUACCUUCGACACCCACUAUCGGAAAACUUGGGAUGAAAUUCAGGCUCGAGUUCAGGAGAUUGAUGGGCAAUAUAGAUUCGGUGUACCCAUUCCGAUGCCCCCAGUCAUGAAGGCCGUAGUCAUCCACCACUCCGAGAGUGGCCCUGCCGAGACAUUCACAGUUCGCCCGGAGGCUCGCCCAUCCCAUCUUGUCCCUCAGAUAGCUAGCAUGUCUCGGUAUGCUGUAUGGGGGCUUUUGCGGUUUGUCAGUGAACGUCAGUCCUCUAUGCCUGAUCAAUUUGACGUAGUUCUAGAUAUGUCGCGGUCAGCGCCGUCCAACCCUGUAGAUACACAGAUGGACCAGAGUGUGGCUAGGAAAGGCGUACCUCAAGGCGACUCGAAGGAUGAUGUGAUAGACGCAUACUACCACUUUGGAAACUGA